UCCUGCCGUUCAAUAGCUGUUCACUGUAUUCAGAAGCAGGGAGCCAUUCAUCAGUAAGCAGUCAGAGCAACAGAGCAGGCUCGACUCUGCGUCUAACAAAAUUGAAAGCUAAACAUUUGGAACCACUUGCAGCCCAGCCUUUCUCGUCCGUGCCGAAGUGGAAGCCAGUCUCUGAGAAAUUUGUGAGGAGAGUGAAAGAAAAUACAGCCAUGACGUUGGGUCUUCAUUAGUUGCAUAUCUCUCAGGAAUAGACUGCUUCACAGAUACCUGCAGGAACUGUGAUCCUCAGCUGCGGACAGACACACGCGCACAUUUUCUCUGUGUGAAAGCAGCUGCAGGGCUUUUGAAUUGAAGAUUGGUUUCUGAUUUAUGUAUUCUGCUCAUCCUUUCUCACUGAUUGGAUAUUGUUGUCUGUAGAAAACCACUUUCGCUGUCAUCAAAGCAUUAUUCUAAUCUUGUGACAGCAGGGAUUGACGUUGCAUCCUUCAGUUCCUGGGUGCACCGUUUGGGUCAAAACCCAAGGCUGGGUUUCUAAUUUGUUUGGGCCUUUUGUGUUCUGGCUCACAGUUAGCCCAGCACUCCUAAGCUGAAUCGAGCUAUUGUCUGGGAUCCUAGGGCUUUCACGCUGCAAAUCGCUGCCUGCUCUUUGGCUGAGAAGCCACAUUAUGAGCCUUUUUUUUCUUAUGUGAAGCUGGAAACUAUAAGCAGUGGUGAUUUUAAAUGAAGUGUAAUGCAUUGUGGGAUGUGUGUAAAAUUGGAUCAGCCAAAGCAUAGGAGCAAGCCUGCAGUUCGCUAUGUGGAGGAGGCAGUGCCAGAAUGUUUGCUAAUUCUUCCAGCACGUUGGCUUAUUUCUAAUCGAAUAGAGCACAGCAAGAGAUAUGGAGCCCAAUUCACAUUGCUAAAGGAUUAGACCGCAUGUAGCCUCCAAAUGAAGAAAACACGGAGUACAACCUUACGGCGUGCCUGGCCUAGCUCAGAUUUUUCAGACCGGGCCUCAGACCGCAUCAGAUCCCGCAGCGAGAAGGACUAUCGCUUGCACAAGCAUUUUCCACCAGCUUUUAUUUCUUCUGCAUCACGGGGCUACCUAACUUCAGGUGAUGUGUCACCGAUCAGUAUGUCCCCCAUCAGCCAAUCACAGUUUAUUCCACUUGGGGAAAUUCUUUGCUUGGCCAUCUCAGCAAUGAAUGCUUCAAGGAAACCAGUCACACAGGAGGCACUCAUGGAACAUUUAGCUACCUGCUUUCCAGGAGUCCCCACGCCUAGUCAAGAAAUUCUUCGCCAUACAUUGAACAUGCUCGUAAGAGAGCGGAAAAUUUAUCCAACUCCUGAUGGAUAUUUCAUUGUAACGCCACAGACUUAUUUUAUUACCCCUUCUCUCAUAAGAACAAAUAGCAAAUGGUACCAUCUGGAUGAAAGGAUACCUGACAGGUCUCGAUGUACUUCACCACAACCAGGAACUAUAACUCCAUCUAACUCUGGCUGCCUCAGAGACAGAGCCCACCACAGAAACCACUGUGAUUCUUGCAACUGCUUUAGAGAGGAAUUCCAUAAUCACUCAUCCACCCUUCAGAAAAAAUCAAUAAAGGAAUGUAAAGAUUCCUAUUGCCCUCCUUCAUUCAGCCAGAUGCCAGUAACACAGACUGAGAAAAGUAGGAGUACAGUUAACUGUUCAUAUAAAACUGAAACAUUGCCAAAAGCCAAGGAUGGUGAAAAGCAAUCUAAAAAAUUUGGUUUGAAAUUGUUCAGACUGAGCUUUAAAAAGGACAAGUCAAAACAGUUGGUGAAUUUUUCAGCUCAGUUUCCUCCUGAGGAAUGGCCUCUGCGCGAUGAAGAUAAUCCAACCUCUAUACCAAGGGAGGUAGAACAGGAGAUAAUUAAACGCAUUAAUCCAGACCUGACGGUGGAAAAUGUCAUGAAGCACACAGCGCUAAUGAAAAAGCUCGAAGAAGAUAAAGCUCAUAGAAAUAAACCAGGCUCAUCUGCUCAGCACAGUGGCAAGAGCAAAAAAAGUAGAAGUCACAAAAAGUCCCAUGGUAAAUCGCGAUCACAUAGCAAGUCUAGAGUUCCUAAGGGGGAGCAAUCAGAAGAUACCCAUUUGGAUGUAGCAGAAUCCAGAGAAUAUGAGAUUUAUGAUCCAAUUACCAGAUCCCCUUGUGAAAAAAGUACCACUAUAGAAAUAAAGGGUGAUAAUGGCUUUCUUAUACAUGAUAAAAUGAACAUGGUUGAAUCUCAUUUUCCUGUGACCCCAGAGUGGGAUGUAUCAGGUGAUCUUUACAAGCGAAGGAUGGAGAGUCGAUUUCAUGAACAUUCAAGGGAAAGUUUACAAUCAAAGGUCCAUCGGAGCCAUAGCCAUACUCAAGACAGAAAAUCAAGAAAUGAUAGAAGCAGCAAAGCCAAGGAGAGGUCUAGAUCAAUGGAUAAUUCGAAUAGACCUCUUGGCACUACUUUGUCAGGCACAGCAGAAGAGAUGCUAGGAUGCAGCAUGGAUGAAAGCCACUCAAAUAAUGACAAAUUACGUUCUUCCAAAUUACUCAGUCAUCACAGAGCGGGACUGUCAUCACAUUCAAAUCAUAUUACUGAGCCAAGCAUACCAGAAUGUGUUGAUAUUGAUAAUUCGGCAAGUGUUGGUGAAGCCUGCAAUUCACUGGAACACACUAUAGCUGGAGAUGGUUUGCCCAAAUACAAUGAACCUAAUUGUGGUACCGAUACAAAAGCUGAUGAUUACUUUCAAUGUAAUGCAUCUAAGGAGACUAUUCAGACUGCUUCUUCUCCAUCAGCUAAGUGUAAUGAUGAGUGUCUAUUCAAAGAUUAUGAUACUUUGACCUUGUCAGAUGGCGUUAAGAAGCUGUCCCCUUUGGAUAGAUUCUUGAAACACCCACCUAUUGAAGAAAAUGUGAAUGGACAGCUUGAACAAUUGUCACUGCAGCAGAAGCAUUACCCUGAAAAGAUAGAUAUGGACAGCAUUAAUUUGCCUGUAGCUGGGCAGGCAUCUACACUAUCAUUGCCAAAUGGACAAGUGUUUAAAUCACAGUCUGAAUCUCAGACUGUAAAUCAUGUGGAGAAUAGUUAUCAGGACCCAACUUUACAUGAAUCGCAACACAAUAAAUCAUCAGAGGUGCUUCAUAACAACUGUGAGAGCCUUGUUGGCCUAACAAGUGUGGCACAAUCACUGCCUGUUCUACCAGGGCAUGGAGAGGAAACCGGACAUCAGGAGUCUUCCUUUGACUAUUAUAAUGUGUCCGAUGAUGACUCAGAAGAUGAGACCAACAAAAACCAAGAAGAGGGUAAAAGCCGAGAUGAUGGUGGUACUGUGCAGUGGUUGCUAGAACGAGAGAAAGAGAAAAAUCUCCAGAGAAAAUUUGAGAAGAACCUAACUCUCCUGAGCCCAAAGGAAAGUGAUAACAAUGCCAGCCAGAAAGCUUUGCAUUCUGCUCGACUAGAUAGUAUGGACAGCAGCAGUAUAACAGUAGACAGUGGAUUUAAUUCUCCACGUACUCGUGAAAGUCUGGCCUCUAACACUUCAAGCAUAGUAGAAAGCAACAGGCGUCAGAACCCUGCUCUUAGUCCGGGACAUGGAGGCACGUCAGCAUUCAGUUUCCGAGCAACUACAGAUCCUGCACCAUGUGAACCUGAAAAACUGCAGAAGCCCAUGAAGUGUCUAGCUUCCGUUACCAGUGUUUGAGCAAACAGUAGUAGCUGUCAGCGACAGAUUCUGUAUCACACCCUCGGCAAUCACACACCUGCACCUCAACUGUCAUUUGAAACACAAUGACACCAUCAGGCAUGCUCUUACAUUAAAAAGGAGGUGCAAGCUAAAUGUAGAAGCCGUUUUUAUGAAUUGGAGCCUUUUUUUUCCAUGAGUACUUAUUAAUUUUACUUCUUCAUCCUUUAGGUAUUGAGUGGGUAAUGCAGCUUGCUGCAUGGCAUUCGCCUACAUCAUACUGCAUGAAUCGUCCAUUGUGGUUUUGAUAAAGAAGAAAAAAAAGCACAAACUCGUUUGCACUUCAUGACUUUGGUUUCUUGAUGAUAUUCUAUGAAAACUUCAUGUUUAGAAAUAAUCUUCUUUAGAGCAUUAUCAAGCCAGCAAAAUUACUCCUGAGUAAUUUUGCGAAACCAGUGCAUGUGUUAAAUCUGGGCGAGCACAUAUGUGGCAGUCUUAAACACUGAAGAUAUCAUCUUCAAAUCUAUGGUCAGUUAUUUCCAAUAAAAAUUGUUAAAAGUUAUGUGGUACCAACAGAUAUAUGUUGCACUAUUAAAAGGUAAAAUAAUGUCUGACUUUUUUAUUGUACAAGAUUAUACAUCUCGUGUUACUGUACAUAUAAAUAAAUAUUGAAGGUGUCGAAAGCAAGCCCUAUAGAAAAACAAUGAAAUUGCUACAAGUUUUACAGUUGUGGUAAAUCUUAUAUCAAUAUAAUAUGUGAAUUUGAUGUGCAUUGUUUUCUUGUACAAAUAAAUAUACUUCAGAGAAAAUGCGGUUGAAUAAACAGCUCUCCAGAUUAAAAAUACUAUUUUUUUGCAUGUACGAAGAGAGUUACUAAAAAGUACAAUUGAGGCAUUUCGAUCACUGCAAGAGUCAAAAUUUGAGCAGCUUGCACCUCACCUGGGUCCCGUUAAUAUGUUGCCACUAUUCGCUCCGUCCUAACUAUUCUAAUUAUUUUCCAGUAGUGUAUAUAUGAGUUUUGUAGGUGGAAGCUUAGCACUCUUGGAUGAUAGUCUAAGGCCUGCCUUUAUUGUCGUGUGUAUACGUAUUACAAACAUUCUGAAGUAUUCAAGUGCAUGAUGCCACAUGUGUUACGGAUAAAAAGGUACUAGAAGGGUAUUUGUUACAUCCAGUGGCACAUGCAGCCAGAUUUUGUGUUUGCUGUUAUCACCAAUUCUAGCACAGCAUCACCUUUUUUUUAAUAUUUAAAUGUAAUCUUUCUUUUGUGCCCAUUACUGCCUUUGUGUUCUGUGAUGCCAUUAAAAUAUUUAAAUUACUUUAUAUUGUGGGUUUUGUUACACUAGAACUGUUUCACAGAUUGGUAGGACACUUCAAUUUGAAGCCAGUCCUUUAGUUUUGUAUCUCCAUAUAAUCUGGGUUGGGUUUUGACUUCUUUUCUGAGUCUUGUCCCACAACAGGUGAUCUUUAUAAAAGAAUCUUUUAAAAUUCCUUAAUCACUAUUUGGAAAUGUGUAGCUAUUGCUGCUGCACCAAAAUCCUGUUAUAUUUGUGAUAUUGUAAACAUACAUAUCAGGCAUAAAGAUGUUCAUGGCAGUAAUAGUACUGGGAUACUUUACAGUUUAUAGCUACCUUCCUUUUAAUUUGUUCAAACGAAAACUAUGACCACAAAAAGAAAACAUUAAAUUUGUUUUUAAACUGACUAUUUAAACAUGACCCUGCAAAAUAAGCAGUUAAAAAAGAACUAAAAAUGUAUAUAUGCUAAUAAGUGUGCCUGAUCUGUUCAGCUACAACAGGAUCUUAAUAAAAUUUUGCAGAUGAGACGCAUUAUCCUUACAUGGCAGUGGUAGAUCUGAAAUGGCCUUCAAUGUAUGUAACACAGCUUUUUUUUUUCACUGUAGUUAAGAUGUUGUUCAUGUUGCACAUAACUACCUCCAUAGCUUUUAUGAAAUGGUAGCAGAAACUCCAAUGUAGCAUGAUUUUCUAACUCUGUGACUUCCUCCUCUCUCCCCCUCUCUCCCUCUUUCUUUCUACCUCUGUUACCGUCUCAUAAAUGAGCUUCGCCAGACUAUUGCUUCUGAAUUCUUAUGCUGGUGCUUUAACUCCUUGAAGCGUGGUUUCCAAACUAACUUCCUUAUAAUAUUCAUCUAAAUUUAUGUCUUGUUUUGAAACAUGUCAAAGCGUUACAAGAAUAGAUAUCUUUAAUGAGGAGGUUGCAUCUAAAGUCGGGUCUAUUUUAAAAGACUAAAUUCAAAAGAAUAAAGAUUGCUUUUUUCGUGAAUGAAUGGAUUGUUAUGAACUUAAGUACAAAUGCAAACAGCUUUUUUCUUCAAGCAGAAGGGAGUAGAGCAGCCGAGACUGCCUUGUAUAAAUAUGUUUGCACUGAAUAAAAAUAACAAACAUUUUUUUUAAAAAAUGUGUCUCUCUGGGUGCUGUUAGUCACCUAGAUAGAUGUGUUUAUAUAUUGUAAAACAAUUUCUUACCAAAUUUUGGUUCAUGGAAUGUCUUCCCUAACGUUACUGGAUUAUGUUAUAGCACAUUAUAACAAGCUUGUUUUUGUAAGUGUAUUAUACUGUAAAAUAAUGUGUUUAGUUGUCAUUGCUUAGUACAAUAACUUGAACUGUAAACAGGGAUUUUUUUUUUUUAUGUUCCUUAUUUAAAAGUCCCUUUGUGUGAAAUGUGUUUCUGUUGUAUCGUAGCUUGUGUGGAUCUCCCCUUUGGGAUUGUGUUAUUUACUUUAAAGCCAUUAAAUAACAUGUUUCUCUAA